UACUCUGGCAGCAGUUUUAAAAGAGAUGCAAUGUCUUCAAAGGAUAUGCGGCCAAAUUGGCAAAGUGACUCAGAAAUGAGUGCUUUGAAUCGAGUGACUACAGCCCAGAUCCAGAAGACUGGCAGUCAUCAGAUAAUGAUGCUUACUCAACUUACAAAUAUUUUGAAAAGUCAAAGAAAAAGAAAUCUCCAAUGUUGGCUAGACAACUUAAAAAAGCAAGUGGCACAAAGAGGAAGCUUAAGACAUCAAAAAAGAGCGAAAAAAAGAGGACUUACAAAACUCGGGAUGAUGGAGACAAGUCCGUCUUUUAUAAACGACUCAAAGAAAACAAGCUAGCUAGACUGAGAGAGAAGCAAGCCAAAAUUGAGCAGGGUGAGUUAGAUAGUGACCUGGAUCAGGGAAAUGCUAGUUUUGAGGGAGGGUGGAAGUUACCACAGAGGAUCUGGAAAAAGCUAUACAGAUAUCAGCAAACAGGUGUGAAGUGGCUUUGGGAGCUACAUCAGCAGGAGUGUGGUGGAAUUGUGGGUGAUGAGAUGGGCCUAGGAAAAACAAUCCAGAUUAUUACAUUCUUAGCUGGAUUACAGUACAGUAAACUCUACAACAAGAAUUUAAGCUAUAAUGGAUUAGGACCGGUCAUUAUUAUCUGUCCUACAACUGUGAUGCAUCAGUGGUUGAAAGAGUUCCACACUUGGUGGCCUGAGUUCAGAGUGGCAAUUCUACAUGAUUCUGGAUCAUUCCAAGGAUCCAAGGCUAGUCUCGUCCAAGAUAUAGUCAAGACUCACAGCAUUCUGGUGACUUCAUAUUCUGGUGCUCGUCUGAAUAAAGACAUCCUUCUAAGACAUAAGUGGCAUUAUGUAGUUCUGGACGAAGGUCACAAGAUACGCAACCCAAAUGCUGAGGUGACUGUUGUCUGUAAGCAGUUCCGAACCUGUCAUCGUCUGAUUCUCUCUGGUUCUCCAGUACAAAAUAACCUCAAGGAACUCUGGUCCCUGAUUGACUUUGUAUUUCCUGGAAAACUUGGAACAUUGCCAGAUUUUAUGGUGCAAUUUUCAGUUCCUAUCACCAUGGGAGGCUAUUCUAAUGCCACAGCUGUCCAGGUGCAAACAGCGUAUAAGUGUGCCUGCGUUCUCCGUGACACCAUCAACCCAUAUCUCCUGCGAAGAAUGAAAGAGGACGUCAAAAAAAGUAUGCAACUUCCAGAAAAGAAUGAACAGGUUUUGUUUUGCCGUCUGACAGCAGAACAAAGGUCAACUUACGAGGAAUAUCUCAAGUCAAAGGAGUGUCAGAUGAUCCUAAACAGGGACUACCAGGUUUUUGCUGGCUUGAUUACCCUCCGCAAGAUAUGUAACCAUCCUGACCUUAGCACUGGUGGUCCAAGAGACCCACUGGAGGGAGGUGAAUCUUCGGACGAAAGCAAUCAGUAUGGGUACUGGAAAAGAUCAGGCAAAAUGAUUGUCAUCGAGUCCCUGCUGAAAAUCUGGAAGGAACAAAACCACAAAGUGCUGCUGUUUUCACAGAGUAAGCAGAUGUUGGAUAUUAUGGAAUACUUUGUGAAACAUAAAUACAAUUACAUGAGAAUGGAUGGCAGUAUGAAUAUAUCGUCACGGCAACCAGCUAUUAACAAGUUCAACAAUGAUCCAUCAGUCUUUUUGUUCCUGUUAACCACAAGAGUCGGUGGACUUGGUGUCAACCUCACAAGUGCCAAUAGAGUUGUAAUCUUUGAUCCAGACUGGAACCCAAGCACUGACAUUCAGGCGAGAGAAAGAGCUUGGAGGAUUGGUCAGAACAGACAGGUUACUGUGUACCGCUUGCUCACCACUGGAACUAUUGAGGAAAAAAUCUAUCAUAGACAAAUUUUUAAGCAGUUUUUGACCAACCGGGUACUGAAAGACCCAAAGCAGAGAAGGUUUUUCAAGUCCAAUGAUCUUUUUGAGUUAUUUACACUUGGAUCUGAGGACAGUGUACAUGGAAAUGAGACUAAUGCAUUGUUUGCUGGAACAGGAGCUAACAUUGAUUCUAAAGUGCCCGCCAAGUCAUUGAGUACACAACCUCGUCCUGUGAAGCGUGAAUCUGUCCUAAAGAAAACAUUUAAGAAGUUUAAACCUCAAACAACUACCUCUAAGAAACUUUCCAAGCCACUUGAUAUCAACAUUCCAUCUGAAGGAACACAGAGAGAGGAAAGCAAGUCCAACCAUGUUAUAUCUUCCAACACACAGGUAGAUUCUAAUGUGAUAAAUGAUCCACACAACUCUUAUGGUGGAAAUAAUGACAGUUCAGAUUUUACUUGCAAUGUUAAGAAAGCUGAUGAACCAGCCAGGACAAUAAACAUUGACGAGAAGAAUGAAAAUGCUGCAGAUAUAAAUAAAUCAUAUGACAGCAAUGAUAAUCCUAAAGACAAGGUGUCACUUCAGCAAAACAAUGAGCACAGCCCAUUGAGAGCACCCUCUAACGAACAAGAAGACAAGGGAGUAGAUACUAAAGAGGACAAACACAGCCCAUGCAGUUCACCCUUAAGCAAACCAGAAAACAAAGAGACAGUUCACCAAAAUGAGGAAAAUAGUCCAUACAAACCGGAAGAUAUUACAGAGUGGAAAGCAAAGGAAAUGAAGAAAAUUGAAAAAUUAAAGAAGAAACUUCUGAAACUACAAAAUGAAUCAAAGAAAAACAAGAAGUUGGAAAAGAAGAGAAAGAAAAAAGUGAAAGAUGCAAGUCUAGAAGGCAAGAAGAUAGCUUACUUAUCUCGCCACAGUGUUUAUCAGCAGGCAAAUAAUACUGAAGAUUCUUCAAAACUGGAUGAUUAUGUUCUUCAGAAGCUUUUCAAGAAAAAUGGUGUUCAAAGUGCAAUGAAACACGAUGUGAUCAUGGAUUCUGCAAAUCCUGAUUACGUACUUGUUGAAAAAGAAGCUGAACGAGUUGCUAAGGAGGCAGCACUGGCUCUGAAGAGGUCUCGACGUCGUUGCAUGCCAGCAUCUUCAGGUAUUCCAACAUGGACAGGAUCAGUUGGUGUUGCCAGGCCUGAUAAACCAAGGUUUGGUUUGAAGAAGAAUAGCAAAGUUGCAUCACCCGUGAAGAAGCAGGAGGGUAAGCUUAAAUUUGGCUCCAAGAAGCUCUUUAAUGGUGCUAUAUCUGGUCACAGUUUCACAAAGACUUCAAAGAGUGACGGUGCUCUGCCAUCAUCUUCCGAACUUCUUUCAACCAUGCGGGCUCGCAAUAACAUAACCGAUGAUGAUGCCGUCGGUACCGUGCAAUUAAACAACAAAGCAGCUCUUUUAAAGGACCUUCACACUUUCAUCUCAUUCCAAGCAAGCACCGAUGGUCAGGCAACUACAGACGAGAUCAUGGACAAAUUUAAGGACCGAAUUCCGACACAAGAUUCAGCCGUUUUCCGAUCGUUAUUGCGUGAAAUAUGCGACCUGCUUAAAUUACCGAACGGCCAUGCUGUGUGGCGCUUACGUCAAAGCUUUAGAUAAAUUUUAAAUUUUAUAAGUUAUUUCAUCAAUCAAAUAUUGCAUUGUUAGAUAUAUACACGUCAGUGAAGCAAUAAUGAGCAAUAUGCUCAGAAGGCAUUUUCAUGUGGCUGUUUGCUCGAUAACAUGCUUGCCCUCAGAUGAUGAGAUAAAUGCUAUAUUGCCUUUAUCCAUUACAUAAUAAAGCCAGCCCUGCCACUAACAUGAGCAACUGGUUAAAUAAGGGCUUAUGAUUGGCCAAUCCAGUUGUUGCAUUAACAUAACAAAAAAAAAAUAAUGAAUGGAUUUAUUGCUCACCAUUUUGUGAGGCAGGAUCCACACUGAAAAUUGUGCUUAUGCGUUGAGCAAACUGUGGUUUUUAAUUGGAGGGCAAUCUGAAUUUAUAUAUAUUUGCUUUCUUUUAAGAAAGAAUUUUCUUUACAUUGAAACAGAUACAUAAAAAAUACCAUUUCAAUAUUGUUUACAUAGACUCUUAAAUUUGCAGGCAAACACUAUACAGAUUUUUUUUGCAGAAAGAAAUUUGUAAACAGAAAAUGAAUUGUUAUUUCAUCUGUAUCGAAUUGGAAGUUGUUUGCUUAUUUGAUCCUUUAAAAUGAGGAAUUGCUUGAUUUUAAAAUGUUGGAGGGGUUUCCCCAUCUGAAACACAGAGGGUAUAUCUUUUAAGUAAACCACCUAUUUCUCAGGAUUAUUUCAGCAAUGAACAGCUCUCAUUAUGACAUCAUCAUUCCCAUAUAUGGGCAAAGCACAGAUAUUUGUCAAAUAUAUUUGAUAGUGUGGACAAAGCUUUAACAUCAAGCAUAUUAAAUUUUGGUACAGCAAUUAAAGGUUAAAGGUUAUUCAUUUAUAUUGCGCAAAACACCAGAGUAUCAACAAUCAUGUUAUAAAGUAAUUACGGGUAACUUAACGUUUCCUUUCACAUUGACUAUGACAGUUUAAAGUAAGUCGAGACAUUUUUAUACCUUGUUUCGCGAACUUUUUUUUUUUUAAAGAUCGUCAGAGGAGAUCGGAAAAAAUUAAAAUGAAAUUUUGUUUUCUUAUUUAGCAAAAUGGGUUUGCCAAAAGCAUCCAGAUGGAAGAGGAAAUAGAAAACUUUCAUUGGUAAAUGUAAACAGUGUAGUAAUGGGAUGGUUAAAUGCUUUAAAUAUAUAUAAGGAAAAAAUAUAUAUAUCUUAUUUUUUUGGAGAUUUUAAGGUAGCGGAGGGCAUAAUAAAAAUAAAGAAAAAUUUUUAUUUUCUGAAAUUUCCAUUUUUUUGUGGGGACGGAUCUGCUCAUUGGCCAUAAAUAAAAUUUUAUUUUUAUUUUAAAUCAUUACCAUUGGCGGGUGAUGGGUUUCGCUAAACAAAGUAUAAAAAGUCUUGCCUAAGCUUAGAGGUUGGGGACAUAUAAACACUAGCUUAUAUGCAAAUAUUGUUAAUGCAUUUUGAUUAUAGUAGUAUACAGUAGUUCAGAAGCAUGUAUAAAUCCUGACCAUUGUCAGACAAAAAAUAUACAGGGACAGUCGUUUGGAACACCUGACCCAAAUGUCAGGAAAUAGCUAUAAAAUCAGUAGGAGAAUUUGUAAUUAUAAUAAUUUUUUAACCCAGAGACAGCUGGCCUGCAAAUGCUAUUUUGGGGCAUUUAGAAGGGAAAUAAAUUAAAUUUUGACACUUCAGGCCAAACCAUGGUGGGCUGAGGUGGGUGUGGCCUGCCUGUCGAGAAAAUGAUUAUACCACUGCUUAAAACACAUUCAUCAAUUUACCUCACUCACUACAAUAUGGCCAGUAAUUUUUGUAGUAAUGAAAACCUAUGUUCUUUGAAAAUAAACUUCUCUCAUCAUUUUAA